GAGCACAGAGACUUAGGAGGAAGGAGGCAGGAGGACCUGGAGCCCAGCAGCAGAGGCCCCAGCACUGCGGUGGGAGGAGACGGCGCUCGCGUUCACGAUGGCCUCCCUUGCCGCAGCGAAUGCAGAAUUCGGCUUCGACCUGUUCGGAGAGAUGGAGAGCAGCAGCCAGGGCAACGCGAACGUGUUCUUCUCCUCGCUGAGCAUCUUCACGGCGCUGGCCCUGGUCCGCCUGGGCGCUCGCGGCGACUGCGCACGUCAGAUCGAUAAGAUGCUUUAUUUUAACACCCCAUCAAGACAUGGGAACUCGUCAAAUUACCAGCCAGGACUGCAAUCUCAACUGAAAAGGGUUCUUUCUGAUAUAAAUUCAUCCCAUAAAGAUUAUGAACUGAGCAUGGCCAAUGGCGUUUUUGCAGAAAAGAUAUUCGACCUUCGUCAGAACUACAUUGAUCAUGCUGAAAAUUUAUAUAAUGCCAAAGUGGAAAGAGUUGACUUUACAAAUCAUGUGGAAGAUACCAGGUUUAAAAUAAAUAAAUGGAUUGAAAGUGAGACACAUGGCAAAAUAACGAAGGUGUUCAAUGAUGGCAGUAUAAGUUCAUCUGCGGUCAUGGUGCUGGUCAAUGCUGUUUACUUCAAAGGAAAGUGGAAUUCCGCCUUCAGCAAGAAUGACACUCUAAGCUGUCACUUCAGAUCUCCCACGUGUCCUGGGAAAGGAGUGGCCAUGAUGCAUCAAGAACAGAGGUUCAAUUUGUCUACAAUUCAGGACCCGCCCAUGCAGGUCCUUGAACUCAGAUAUAAUGGUGGCAUAAGCAUGUACAUCUUGCUGCCUGAGAAUGACGUAUCCCAGAUUAAGGACAGGCUGAGCUUUAAGAAUAUAAUGGACUGGACCAAUCCAAGGAGGAUGAAAUCUCAGUAUGUGGAGGUGUUCCUUCCAAAAUUCAAGAUAGAGAAGAAUUAUGAAAUGAAGCACCACUUGAAAGCCCUGGGGACAAAAGAUAUCUUUGAAGAGUCCAGAGCUGAUCUGUCAGGAAUCGCUUCCGGAGGCCGUCUCUACAUAUCAAAGCUGAUGCACAAAUCCUCCAUCGAGGUCACAGAGGACGGCACUGAGGCGACCGCUGCCACGGGGAGCAACAUUGUAGAGAAGCAGCUCCCCAACUCCACGGUGUUCAAAGCUGAUCACCCCUUCAUGUUUGUCAUCAGGAAGGAUGACGUCAUCCUCUUUAUUGGCAAAGUCUCUUGCCCUUGAAAGUUCAAUGGGUCCCUAAUUCAGUAGGCCCUGCCUCAUCAAAGAAACACCACAAGUGAAUAGAAUUAUCUCGUAGAAUGAACGCCCUUUCCUCCUAAAAUUUCUCAAAGGAUGAUGUUGGUGACUUGAACCUUCACAGAUGCUUGGUUGACAGGCUUGAUUCCCACUCUUAGCAUUUCCCCUCCCGUUUGUUUCAUUUCGCCCAAAGUCAUUGGCUUUCUGUCCACACUGCAAAUAGUUUGGGUGCACAAAUGGUUUUAGAGAGAGGUUAUGCCCCAAACAAUUUACCAUUUUCUCUU